AUGUCGGCAAUGUCGACCAAGUGCAUCAUCGGUGCGCUGGUUGGGUCCCUUGGAAUUGCGUACGUCUGCGACACGAUCGUUUCUGACAAGAAGAUCUUUGGAGGCACCGUCUGCAAGAUCGCGACAGACAAGGAGUGGUUUCAGGCCACAGACGCCAAGUUCCAGGCCUGGCCCCGUGUCGCCGGGCCGCCGGUCAUCAUGAACCCCAUCAGCCGCCAGAACUUCAUCGUCAAGGACCCCUGA